CAGAGCGCAUGCGUACAGUAAAGUCCGUGCAGUGAUUCAUCUUGAACAGUAGACGAUCUUUGGUUGAGAGAAAUGGCGUCGGAUAAUGGACUUGCCUCUCUGGGACCGGAGGGAGCAGCAGCAGCUGCUCAUGCGCUCUCUCUUCCAGCAGACGCUUAUGGAAAUGAUCCGCGGCUGGAGAUGAUGUGGGCGAUGAAGGCCUACAACCACGCCGAAGUUUACUUCAAUCUCAUUUCAUCUGUCGACCCGAAGUUCCUGAAACUGACGAAGCUGGACGAUAAAAUCUACUCGUCCUUCAGAGAAACCUUCAAAGAUCUCGACAUAAAGCUGCUGAAAUCAGACGACCUGAAGUCCGACGAAGCCAAAGAGACGUGGCGUCCGUUCUGUAACCAGUUUGAGGGACUCAUCGAAGAUUUCAACUACGGGACUCUGCUGCGUCUGGACUGUGAGAAGGAUUACACCGAGGAGAACACUAUAUUUGCCACCAGAGCUCAGUUCUUUGCCAUCGAGAUCGCCCGAAACAGAGAAGGCUUCAACGACGCCGUGUACACGUCCAAAUCUGCAAAGAGUUAACCUUAAAAAAUAAAACAUCCGGCCCCUGCGAGCAUCACCUGAAGAGUCCCGCCAGGAAAAACCAACAUGAACUGUCCGUCUCUCCUGAGGGUGCACCUUAUCUUAUUAAUUUAAAAAUAUCAUCCAUGUUUGUUUUCGGUCAGCAGACACCCAGCAGUCUGAGCGCUGUUUGGACUCUUCAACUUCCCACUUCUACAUUUUGUAUUUACUGUAAAGUUUUAUUGUGCCAAUCAUAGGUGGUUGUUUAUUUUCUAUGAAUGCUGAAGUUUAAUUUGUUUGCCUGUAACUGAGGAAAUUAAAAAAAUAAAUAAAAGUCAGCUGCGUUUUA